GCGAGCGGUCGACGAGGUGUCUCGAUAUACAUUCUGGUUCCUUCUAGAAAUUUUGGAACGGAACGACAUGUUUUGAGAGACGCGAGUGACACCGUUCGAAAUUAAAAAUGUCAGAAAGCGCGGUGACCAAAGUUGAUACAGUCAAUCCUAUGCCUCUGGCCAUACCGUCUGAUUCACCCAAGAAACCAGUUAAGUCUACCGCCGUUGUAAAAUAUUCUGCCGUUCCGACACCAGCGACUUAUGCUCAAUUACAAUGCAACACAGAUCUGAAUUUACCACCGAGCAAUUGGCUAAGCAGCUCUGCAGAAAGCUACGGACUGCAAAGUGUUUGGUCACAGACCUCUGGAUUUUCCAGCUUUCGCAUGGCACACAUGUUCCCUGACUGUGUGGGAGAGGUUGAUGUCGUGUCCGAUGCUGAGAAUAUAAAGAAACUCUUGAAACUACCGUACAACCAUGGAGUCAUAUCAAUGGUGGUUCACAGAAUUGAAAAUACUCUGUUGCUGGAUGAUUUUGAUAUUCACAAAUACUUGCUCAGACGUGCGGAGAGUGACUGGGAGUGGCUGAAGAAGUUCUUCUACGAACACAUUUUCCACAAUCUGGGAGACAAGGAGAAAUGUCUGUUUCACAAGACAAACAGCAGAAAUACCUUGCAGCAGAGAAACUUGGUAUCCAAAUUUUUGUAUCAUUCGAUAUUAGUGGGUGAUAAUAAGGAGCAACAGACCAAACCACAGUUACCUGUGAAAACACUGGAACCAUGCUUACCAGAGCCCUCGCAAGAAGAGAAAGUACCGGAUCCAAAUUAUAAUCACAAUUUUGCCAGAAAUAUUCUCUGGACUUUUGAGAAUAUACAAAUGCUCAUUGGCACUGAUAUGCCUAUAUUUGGAGGGCAAACUCAUCCGUGUAUAAGCCUCAGACUGAGAGACAUGACCAAGCCCAUCAAUGUGUUAACUGGUAUAGAUUAUUGGUUGGACAACUUGAUGUGUAAUGUUCCAGAAGUAGUAAUGUGUUAUCACUUGGAUGGUAUUGUCCAAAAGUAUGAAUUAAUAAAGACAGAAGAUCUCCCUAAUUUAGAUAAUUCUAAAUUCAGCCCCAAAGUCAUCAAGGAUGUUGCACAAAAUAUUUUAAGUUUCUUAAAAAAUAAUGUAACCAAGGCUGGGCAUACUUAUUGGUUGUUUAAAGGCAAGGACGACGAUGUUGUGAAGUUGUAUGACUUAACAUCUUUGUGUAACGAUAUGUCUGAUGAGAAAGGUCAAAAUCCAUUCACUGUACCUGUUGCUAUGCUGCUCUAUAGGGUAGCCCGUAAUAUGAAGUACUCUUCUGAUUAUCAUAGACAAAGGGGUACCAUUAGAAUGCUAUUGAAGAAUUGUAUACAAUUACUGACCAAGGAAAAGUAUCCACAAAUUGUGACAUCUGCACAUUUUAUGUUGUCUGAUCUUUACAUACCGUCAGAUACAGACCCUGCUAACCCAGGACUUUCCGAUCAAAGUGACGAAGAGGAUACACAAAGCGAAUCGAGCAUGUAUUAUGACAAUGAAAAGGAGGAGGAAGAAGAAACUGAAGAUGCAGCCAUAAAGUCUUUAACAUUGGCCAAUAUCAAAGAACACGCAGAAUGUCAAGAACCGAAGUAUAAACCACCGCCAAUUUCGGGCACGGUUGAAGAAAGAUGUUUGGCCGCUCUGGAGCACGUUUAUUGUGGACUAGAAUGUUUACAGUAUUUCCCGACUGAAGAUAAUUCCGAAGAGGACAGGAAUGAAGAAGAAGAAAAGGAGAAAGAGAAAAGGCAGUACGAAGAGAAUCAUUUGAAUAUGGCAAAACCUUUCCAAGCGAUUCCUAUGCCAUAUGUCUCUCUGAAAGAGGAUAGAAAAGAGUCUGAAUCAGGGGAAAGUUUACUAAAUAACAGCCCUACUCAUAAAAAGAAGUUAAAACAGAAGAGAGCUAAAAAAGCUGAAAAAGUUGUUGUAAAACAGGAGCCUGAUGAGCGUGAACCUAAAGCACUGUUAUGCAAACUAAAAGUAGAAACAUUGCCUACAUGGCAGGCGCCCAAAAAAAGUGAUAACAUCAGUUGGAACGCUCAUUUGAAAACAUUGUUAUACGAGAAGGCUUCUUUAAUUUUUGCCGUGCUCGCCGAGAAUGAAUAUGUCAAUAAAAAUUAUGGAGCCUCGUUAAGAUACAUGUUGGCGGUUUUACGUUGCCAGAAAAUAUUGGAGAUGUUCUGCGGUAUCAGAAACGACAAGUCGUUGAGUUAUUUAUUAGGCCGCGCGGGAGAUUGUUGCUUCAUGGUUGUGCAAGAUUGGUGUAACGUCGAGAAACACAGGAAGGACUAUGAAAUGAGGCAUGAAACCGAAGAGAAGAUCGUCGAAGAGAUUUGCAGAAUGGAAGAUUUAGACACGAGUAUGUUGAUAGAUGGCGAAGAAUUAUUGCCACAACAUUUAGAAAGUUUAGAAUUUACUCUAGCAGCGUCUUAUAAGUGUUAUAAAGAAGCAUUGUCUUUAGAACCAUUGGAAAUGGAUAAAAAUAAUCUUCUGAGGCGACUGGGAAACAUUCAUAACGAAUUAGGUGUACUUUACAUGAAUCAAGCGGGAACACGGUACCAACAAGAAAAUUUAGCAGAAGAAUCAUCGAGUUCCAUGAGUGCUAUAACAUCGCUGCUCACUCGAUCGUUGACUCACUUAGAAGCAGGCGUGAAAGCAUUCGAAACUGUUCACGAUGAAGCAAACUUAGCCCUCUUACACUCGAAUACAGGAAGACUUAUGCGACUCUGUGCACACAUGCACGUUAAACAAAACACUCAAGAACGCCAUUUCUACAAUAAAGCUCUUGCGAGUUAUCAAAAAGCCUUGCAAGUCUUAGGUUCGAGAAAAUCAAAUCCCAUGAUUUGGGAUACCGUUACAUGGGAUUUGUCUACCACUUUAUUCACUAUGGCUACAUUGCUACAAGACUAUCCUACAACUGGGUGCAAGACGGAAGAAGAGCUGGAACGAGAAGUUGUUGAUUUUCUACAGAAAGCUCUAAAGCAUUGCGACGUGGAAACGGCUGGACCAAGACAACCAGUUUAUCAAUUCCGUGCCGCAACGAUUCAACAUCGACUUGCAUCUUUGUAUCAUCGUGUCUAUAGAGAAUACGAACCAGACGUGGAUAACAUUAAAAGAAAAACAAGUUUACAGUUGUGCAAGCUUUAUUACGACAAGGCUGCAAAAUUGUUGUUAUCUUUGGAGCAAACUACAGAAUUUUUAACAGUGCAGAUGGAGAGGGUUGCUCUAGCAGAACAUCACGCGCGUUGUGCCACGACUUUUAAUGGCAAGUUAAAAGCAUAUCAGAAUGGUCUUGAAUUAAUUUUACAAUGUAGACCUAUUAUAGACAUAGUGUGCGAUAAGAAUAAUUCUCAAAGACAGAAAGCCGAUAAUGAGAAGACUGUGAGUAAUAAAGCAGAAAAAGGAAAUACGGAAGAGGGGAAAGGGAUUGAAGAACAAAAGUUGAUGGAGAGUGAAGAAAGUUUAGUGGUAUUAAUGGAACAGAGGUUGCAAUUCACCUUACGAUCUCUAACUAAAUUAUUCGUCACUAAAAACAACAGCAGUAACAAAAAAGAGUCAGAAGCACUUGUCAAUUUGUACAAACAGUGCUACAGCAAAACGUUACGACCAGUCACAAUGACUGGCUCCACGUUAAUAGAACAUAUUGCACAGCUCUUACGCGAACUGGAGAAGUUGUUAAUGCUUACCUCCGUAGACUCCUCUUGAACGAAUACUUCGUAUGUAUCUUGUGUGUGCCAGUUUGGAGGUAAAGUGGAAGAUUUCGACCAACGAAAACGCACGACUCCUUCCUCAAGAUCGACGGAAUUUGGUUGACGAUAGAUCACUAUCCCUUAACUCUCUGAAAGCUCCUUCGUGUCUGGUCAUUGACGCUGGUCGUUAUUUCACUUGGAGCCUUUG